CACUUUUUAACUGAUGCGAUUCGAGCCGGAGAUGAAACGCGUUGAGCUGAGAGAGAAGCUGGAGAUGGAGGCGACAGCGUGCCAAAGGGAGUCAGAGGUCCGGAUCUACACCAGCGACCACGCCAUGGACGAGAAAAAGCAGAGCCAAGAAACCUCUGGCCUUCUGGACCCUCAUAGUGCACCGGAGGAGGUCCUGACAAAUGCAGAGAUCGGCAAUCCUGACGAAAUGGCCAGCUCCAAGUCGUCCCAGACCACGCGCAACAUCGUGAUCGCGCUCCUCGCCCUGUGGUCCGUGAUCUCCCUCAUCAUCAUCGUGGUGUGGGCGACCUCGCCCGACCUGAAGAGCGCCAGCCAGUGCCGCGCGGAGCUGCAGGCGGUCACCGAGAAGAUGGAGGGGGCCAAGGUGAUGUGGACCAAGGACAAGGCAGCCCUGGAAGACCGGGAGAGGCAAUGCAGGGAGGACCAGGUCCUCCUGCGCAGGGAGAUCAGCUCUCUCACAGCCACGGUGAUGGAGGCCAACAGGUCCCUGAUCGAGUGCGGGCGGGAGAAUGAUCUUUUGAGCCAAAACAUAACCGUUCUGGAGAAGGAAAUCGAGGAACACAUACAAAUCGAGGCGAACCUAACUUCAGAAAUCACACUCCAGAAAGACCACAUUGACAACCUGGAGCUAAACCUGACUCAAACCUCUCAUUACUUUGAGUCCUGUGAGGCUUUGCGCAGUGCAGCCGAGAGCCAGCAGAGGGCAGCAGAGAGCCAGACAAAAGCGUGCGAGAGCGCCAAGAAUCACGGACAAAAGCAACUUCAGCAGUGCAAGAGUGAGAUCAAGGAUCCCUCAGAACAAGUGGGAAACAGAACGCCCGGCCUCUACACCAGUCCCCUGGUCCUGCUCCUCUGUGCUAUAGCCCUGCAUUUGCUCUCAUCUUAGCUACUGGGUUUGGUCUAGUUCUCCAGUUGAACACUGUUCUACAAAAUAACGGCACGGUGAUGCACUCUCAAUCGGGACUUGAAGAACGCCAACGCGUUUCUGCGUAACACUGCUGUAAAACAUGAAGAAGCCAUGCUGUCAGAGGAGACGAAAGCCAUCCGAAGCGCCGAAUCACCUGGUGUAAAUUUAAUACGUUAAAAAAUACAAUGGAUACCAUUGAAAUAAAGAAAGCUUUAUAUUAUUUUCGGUUAUCAUGUACUUUUCAUAAUUUCCACAAGUUCUCCAAGGUAUAGCCUGCAGUAUAUCUCUGUUUAGAUUGCAAAUAAAUAAUGACAUUGUUUCCAACCCAUUUCUUUUCAUACACAAAGACAUUAUUCUAAAACAGGGAUGCAUAAUUGAAAUCAUCAUAAACUGAACAUUUCUGGUUGAGUGGGUGUGUAUACAAAUUAUGGUAUUUGUAUUUAUUUAUUAAUUACCAUUAUACAAGUUUAAACAAGCUAUUUCAGGUAGUUGGGCCAAAUAAUUUGACUGCCACUUACUACACCACUAUGUAUACAACACCUUUCCGAUUUACACUGUACACCAAUUUGUUGAAAUAUUUCAAUAAAGUAUGCAUUAUUUUUGUGA